AUGCCCAAUAUUCCAAAGUCCUCACUCACCUGCUCCUGGCUCGCCUCGAAAUCCUCCAACAAAGCCGUGUACUGCUCCCCGAGGGUCUAGAGUCUAGUUAGUCGUCGACGGGCUAUUCAUAUGCGCUAAGGAUUCGUUGUGGAGAAGGGUCGAAACACCUUGACGUAUUGGUUGCUUGUUUAAACACGGCAGUCGGUUUCCUCUGCCUCCACAUGCCAAGAAACGUUCCGGUUUCAAACAACGGUAGAGGGCCCUGUUUAGUGCCGGGGUGUGCGCAAAAUUUUCACCGGCACUAUUCUUCAGAGUGCCUGGAUAGUGCCAAAGGGGCCCUAUUCAGGGUCUGAAAAUCCCUCAAUAGUGCCAGACCGGCACUAUUGACGAACUGUGUAUUUCAGAGUGCAGCGCUUUGCUUUGCGGGGCCAACAGAGUACCACAUGAAACGUACAUGGUGAGAUCAUGGCAUGGGCGUGGGGGCAGACUGCUGUACCACAGUAGGGGUGGUUCCUGCCCUGUCGAACACACAUAUUUUGCUUAAUAAGUUAACUGGACGGGACACACAUACAUGCUGCACCUUGUUGCUGUACCCACCUCAGCGCACGUACUGCAAACUUGCACAACCUGACUUAAACCCUUGACAUGAAUAUCGCAAAGGAUGCACCUCAUAGAUGUCCAAUAUUUUGUUGGCAAGAAUGCCGUGGCACUGGCCUUUAACGGAUCAAAUCAUUUCGCGCAACCUCAACAUCACUCCUCGACAGCGAAAGCAAACCACUGAUCGUGAAGCCCAUGGAUUUUUGGCGGUAACACUUUUGCGGAGCUCUUGCUGGCACAACCUAUUGGUGAAGGAGGAAGCUAAAUCUGUCUCCUCACUCUCCUUCGAUGUAGCCAGAACAAGAAAAAAAAAAACUUGACCGCAAGGACGGGACAUGCAAGAAAUCUAACAGCCGCUGUAGCUGUAACCCCGGCCCUCACUACGUCGCGAUAAAUUCCUGCAUGUCUGCCUGGCGAGCCCGCCUUGCGGUAUGCGCUGCGAUCAUUGCCAUCCUCGCUUUCGACAGGUGGUACACGGCGUCUCCGUUGCCACUCUCCUCCGCUGUCGCCUCUAGGUACCCGAAGUGAGACGACAGUUCAGCGUAACCCGGUGGGGCACGCCGCCCGCGGCCCGCGUUUUCAUGGUCGCUACCCCCCUCCUCUUCCAGCCUCGUUCUCCACCUUCUCCCGCUCGGCCUUCACUUUGCGGAUGAACCCUUCCGAGCGCCCGAAGCGGUCUGCUAUCUCUGCUUGAGAG